GGAAAAAUGGACUAUGUGAAGAAGCACCUUCGUAGUAGCACCUAUAAAAAGAGGAAGGAUCAUGAAGAUUCUACACAGAAAAAUAGACCAAAGGAUUCAAAAAGACCACAAACGAAAUCAAGCAAAAGUAAUGAAAAAGACCUGCUUAAGACAGAACGAGGCCAGAGAAGAGUGAAGCGAGAGAGCAGCAAGUCCCGUUUAACCAGUAAGAACUCGAGGACUUCACGGAACAAGACUAAUGUGAAGCCAAGAGUCAAGAACAAAGAUAUUGUUAAAGAGAGAAAGAACAAACUCCAAUCCAAAAACAAAAGAAAACAAAAAUCUCCUAAAAGAGAGAACGCGACCCAGAAUAAAUUUCUGAAGUUAGAAUUUGAUCUGAAUACUUACUCUAAGAGGCUUGCCGAAGAACUUGAAAUUGGGAUCACUCUAAACAAUCCAGUAAAAACUUUAUCAGAUUAUGAAGUGGACAAGGCCUUGAUAGAGCUAAUGAAAGGAGUUACCAUAAAUCCUUCUGUAGCAUCUAAUAUGGUAAUAAACCCUCUUAUUACUCUAUGAAAGAACCUGAUAACCCAAAAUACUGGUCCUCAAGAGCAAGUUUGGGAUGCUUGUAGGGAAUACUUGAGGACCAAACUCGAAAGUUUUGAAGAAAUGAAGUUUGACUCAACUCCUAUCAAGAAGCCAUUCCUUCCUCCAAAAGAAAUACUUCAAAAGCUGGAUGAAGACUGUCCUCUUAAAUACUGAGUAGAGAGGGAGUUUUAUGGCGCUAAAAAGACUGAUCUCAGGGCUCUCAAGCUUCCUAGACUCAACAAAUAUUAUGAAGAUGAUUAUUACUGUAAUGAGAUCAUCUUCGACCAAGAAAAAGGCUCUCUUAACUCUCUUUAUGAAGAGCAAAGAGUAAAUUAUGGAGGAAUAAUCCAAUGUUUGGUUUCGGUCUGAAAAACUAUUCAAAGCUCUAUUAAGUCUCAAAGAUUAAUGACUUCAAAGAUCAAUAAUGAGAAGGAAAAAUUGCAAGAUCUUGACAAGAAAAGACUUCGAAUUAAGAACAAAAUAGAUCAAAUUAGGUCAUCCACCUCAAACAAGUUUAACUUUAUUCCGAAUGAAAGAGUAAAGAAUCUUGCAUCUUUCGUUGAUCAGAUUAAGGAUGCAGACCUUCUAGAUCUAUGUUAUAUCUCUGAGAUCAUCGAAGAGGAAAAGAAGAAUAAACAAGAGCUGAGCAAGCAGCAUGCACCCCUGAAAAAGUUCAUGAACAAGCCUGAACAAGAAGGUUUCCAGGCUAAGCCAGACUAUUCCGUGAGUAUGACCCUAGCAGAUCACUUCCAGAAGGAGAGCAAAAUCCCUAGCACUUUCAAUAUCCUUAAAGAUCGUCAGAAGUAUAUUCAAAAUUUAAAGAGACAGAAGGAACUAGAUCUGCCUCCAAAACGCGAGCAGAGGAACAAAGUAAAGAUUUAUAUAGUAGACCACGACAUUGGAAAAAUGUAUAAGAAUGUUCCUCAUAUUCCAAUCAAAAAUCCCAGGAAUCCUAUGAAAGUAUAUGACCACAUUAAUUACUCUGACGAUGAUGAUAUCUCAAUCGCAGAAAUCCACGAUCUCUCUAAUAGAGACAAGCACAGAGAUGACGAUGAUUCUGAAGAAGUCAAAAAUGCCAAAACUCCUAAAAGGAUUAGAGAGUAUAAUCAAAUGAUUUACGAAAAGCUCCAAAAGGGCCCAACUAUUGUCAUUAAUAAAGAGGGAUCUUCAGAAAUGGGGGAUACAGGAAAAGCAAUCCUUAUCUCACAGAAUCCUACUAUUGAUAUCAUAAACCCGAAAGGGCUUGACCAGCUCAGACCUCAUUUCUUAAAGAACUUGAAGCGUAUCGCAGCAAUUCUUCAUGGCUCAUAUGCAACAGAUAAAGAGAUUGUGGAUUUGCUCUGAUCUAAGUGCAUUCUUUCGGAAGAAGAACUCCUUCCAGACCUCUGGAGCAUCUGCAAUAGAGAGAAAAGAUUAGGAGAUGAUAAGAAGAGAUUCUAUGUUAAUGAUAAAAUCCUUAGACAUCUUGGAAUCUCCCAUGAUAGAGGAAUAUUGCUCGCUAGAGAUAAAAACAAGACAACUCCUGAUAAAGACAAAGCAGAUAGUUAUAAAUUCUGGGUUGAGAGUAAGCCAGGAGCAAAGACAGUGAAAAAGCCAGUGGUGAAGUUAGGCCAAGGGAAUCCCAAAACUCCAAUAAAGGCCUCAAAUGACUCUAAAAUCCCAAAGACAGUUAGGAAGCAAGAGGUUAUGCAAACACCAGUCUUUAACGAGGAAGUAUCAGAUGGGACAGAAUAUGAAGUUGUCUAA